AGUUUAGCUAUCCCACAGUGCUAUUUUUGCUGGCAACAGACAAACUAGAUCUGGGCUUUGUUCAUCUGACACGGGCCUAGCAAACGAAUUAAUUAGACAUUUAAAAUAUUAAAAUUUCGUCCUUAUCCCACCAGCUAUUUUAGCUAUUGUAAAGAUAUACAACUGGACAUAAAAUACCGGCUAGCUGAAUUUAUAAAAGUUAGCUGGCUUGCUAUCUUAAGCUGCCACCUUUUUGUGUUCUUCGACUUCCGCUGUUUUCAUUAGUGUUCUGAAGCCAUUUGUUUUUCUACACUUUCACAGGUUUUUACUUUUUUACCCGACAAGAUUUCAGCUAACCAAGAUAGGCGGCUCGGGAACUAAGAUGUCGAACCGUGUGGUGUGCAGAGAAGCAAGUCACGCCGGCAGCUGGUACACCGCUUCAGGUUCCCAGCUGAAUGCACAAUUAGAGGGCUGGUUGUCUCAAGCUCAAUCCACCAUCAGACCUGCUCGGGCCAUCAUAGCACCGCAUGCUGGGUACACCUACUGUGGUGCCUGUGCAGCGCACGCCUACAAGCAAGUUGACCCUUCAGUUACUCGCAGGGUGUUCAUCCUGGGCCCCUCCCACCAUGUGCCCCUGUCCCGCUGCGCUCUCUCCCCAGCAGAGAUCUACAGAACUCCCCUGUACGACCUCAGGAUCGACCAGAAGGUUUAUGCUGAUCUGUGGAAAACCGGGAUGUUCGAACGCAUGAGCCUGCAGACUGAUGAAGACGAGCACAGUAUUGAGAUGCACCUGCCUUACACUGCUAAAGCCAUGGAGAGCCAUAAAGAUGAGUUCAGCAUCGUGCCAGUGCUGGUGGGAGCGCUGAGCGAGUCCAAGGAGCAGGAGUACGGGAAGCUGCUGAGCAAGUACCUGGCUGAUCCCUCCAACCUCUUCAUCAUCUCCUCUGACUUCUGCCACUGGGGUCAGCGGUUCCGUUACACCUACUAUGAUGAAGCUCAAGGAGAGAUCUAUAGAUCCAUCGAGCACCUGGAUAAAAUGGGGAUGGGCAUCAUAGAACAGCUGGACCCAACGUCCUUCACCAACUACUUGAAGAAAUACCACAACACCAUCUGUGGUCGCCACCCCAUCGGAGUGCUGCUGAACGCUGUGACUGAGCUGAGGAAGAGUGGCUUAGAAAUGAACUUCUCUUUCCUGAACUAUGCCCAGUCGAGCGAGUGCAGGAACUGGCAGGACAGCUCUGUGAGCUACGCUGCUGGGGCGCUCAUCGUCCAUUGAGGUCAACUUGCUGGGGAACAACGUAGCUUCGCCCCAACCCCGCCCCCCCGCUCUGCCCACAACCUUCUAUCGCCAUAACCUGCCCUGGACACUUCCCCCUAACUACGCCCUCUCUGACACACACACACACAAACAUACACACACGCCUCAUCUUUACAGAAAGGACCCAGACACUCACAGCCACUAUAUACAGCUAACCUUAAUUCCUGAGUCUGUUAUCUUUGUUCUCACCCCCCAAACCCCUCACCCCCCACCCCCCUCACAUCCCACCUACCUCUCAGUUUGAAGUGAGAUCUUGAUUGAAACUGUUUGCUUAAAGUGCAGUUGCAGUAUGAGGUUGUUGCAGGUUUGGAAGGGACAGUAUAUGGGUGUGGAGCCAGGCUAAGGAAGGGGGAUUGCAAUGACAGUAGUUGUCCUUUUUGGUUGUAUUGAUUCCCGAGCAGAAUUUAGAAAAGAAAAGUAUAAAUGAUGUAACAAGCAUUAAUCUUUACAGUUGUGCUCCCCUCAGCCUUGUGCUCAUGUAAUCUGCCCCGGGGAAGGAAGAAUAAUAAAACUACAGAUGAAAAAGGAAAAUAAAUCAAGAAUAUUUUAAUUAAUAAUAUGAGACAAGGAUUGUAAUGAGUGUUUUGACUGACUACUGCUAGCUGUUAAUCCUAGUGAGAUCAUGAGACAAGCUUCGCAGGUCGGUAGCUACAACCAUCGUUGUUAAAACAAGCUGCCUACUGUUUUAGUUGCUACAAAGGGCAACCAAGUUCACUAACCAUCUGCUGUACAAAACCAAAAACCUUUUUAUAUAUAUAUAUAUAUUACUCUCAUAUUAGUAUAUUCAAAUAUUAGCAUUUCCAAAUAUCCUUUGUUCCCAUUAUCUUUGAUUUGAUGGUUUUGUAGUUUGAGGUGGCGUUUUGACAGGUGAUAUGAUGUUAAACAAACUGUGUUAUCAUACUAGCUUCAAAGACGGUUACAUACAAGUGGUUCAGUGAUGUUACAAUUAUGAAGCCUUAACCGUCACCCUGGAUGCAUAGUUGGAGUUAUCCGUUGGUCAGGAUGGUCAUUACUAACACAUCCCUCUGGUCUCCUGUGGUCAUGCUGGCUAGCGCCUGGUUUCUGGAUUUGAGUGCUAGUAUGUUCAAUACUAUCACAUGGCUACUGAACUCCCCCUGUCCUACUGGAGGUGGAAGGCAAAUUCAAGAUAAGCAUGUCACACUGUGUGCUAUUGUGCCUUGAAUCACUGUUGCACAUAUACAUCUGAGGAGUCUGUUUGCAUUUCUGUUCAGUCUUAUUUAGAAUGUGAAAGUCAUUCUGCUUGGCUAAUCCCCAACAUGGCUGUCAGUCACCCCACCACUCAGUGAUUGGUCCAUUGCUGAAGGAGAACUGUGCCACUCAGUGAUUGGUCCAUUGCUGAAGGAGAACUGUGCCACUCAGUGAUUGGUCCAUUGCUGAAGGAGAACUGUGAUCUUCUUCGUUCAGCAGGGGAGGGGAGUGUCUCUGCUCCACCUCUGUCCGUCAGACAGACCCAGCCUAAACUACACUGUCCCUACUCACCAGGCUCUUUAUGGUUUCUUUAUGUCGUUUUUUUCUUCCUGUCAGUAACUGUUUUAUGUUUUAUUCUUAUUGUUGCAUCGAGAGUGAAAGGUCACAAGUCACAAACCUCCAUAAUGAAAUAUACUUAAGUGCUCCCAAAAGGAGUUUUCUAAUCUCAGGUUCCACAGAUACAACAUCAUUAAAUGCUCUCAAAAUAAGAUGUAGGAUUCAUGUUACAAAAAAAAAAGUAAAAUGUACUGAAAAUGAA